UGAAAAGGCACGGGGAUCCAGUCGUGUGCUUUGCCCCACUGCCGUGGAGAAGGCACAAGAGACAUAAGACGUGACGUCUGCCAGCUUCCCCAGAGUCCCUGCGGCUUUAUCGCUUCUUCUCCAGUCUCUUGUGUUCGACAAGAGCUUUUGAUCAUCAUUGCCCCGGAAUUUUUGACACGUGUUUUGUCUGUGGCCUCGAGACCCUGCCGCAACGAUGCCUCCCCCCAAGAUCGACAUUGAGUCGACCGAGCCCAAGACGGAUCUCUCAGACCGGCCCAGCGUCGAACAACACGAUGGAUCGACCCUCAACGACACACCCGUCGCCAAGUCAGACGUCCAGGCAAAGCUUCGAAACCCCUUGCUUGGUAUGAGCGAGGCUGAUGUCCUCGCCGACGUGGAUCGUUUCGUCGAGACCAGAGGCCUGCAGGGGGAGCGCGAGGCAUUCCGCAGGGGUGCCCUUGUUGCUCGUGUCCAACACAGAGAGGAUGGCUUCGAGACUAUCGCCUCGCUACCUGAGCACGAGAAGCAGAUUCUCCGCGACGAGAUCACUCACAGAUGGCGACAGCCUUUCAAGCUGUACUUCCUCUGUGUACUUUGUGCCGGCUCUGCCAUUGUUCAGGGAAUGGACCAAAGCGCUGUCAAUGGUGCUCAAGCAUUCUACUUUGAGGAAUUUGACAUCCAAAAUACGUGGCUCCAGGGCCUCCUGAACGGCGCACCGUACCUGUGUAGUGCUUUGAUCGGCUGCUGGAUGAAUGUGCCCCUGAACAAUCGCUUCGGCCGCCGAGGCACCAUAUUCAUCAGUUGUUUCGUCUCUUUUGCGGCGUCCUUCUGGAUGGCUGCCGCGCACACUUGGUGGAACUUGCUUCUUGCACGGUUCUUUCUGGGUUUUGCAGUUGGAGCCAAGUCGUCGACCACACCUGUGUAUGCAGCCGAAUCGACUCCCAAGACUAUUCGCGGAGCUCUGACGAUGCAAUGGCAGACCUGGACUGCUUUUGGCAUCAUGCUGGGUUUUGUCGUGUCCGUGGCUUUCCAGGAGAUUAGCAUCCCUACGUGGGCCGGCUAUCCUCAGUGGAGGUGGAUGAUGGCCUCGACUGCCAUACCUCCCAUGUUUGUCUGCGCUCAGGUCUACCUGUGUCCUGAAAGCCCCCGCUGGUACAUGGAGAAGAACCGUUGGAUGGACGCCUUUGGGUCUAUGAAGUCCCUGCGUUUCUCCAAGAUCCAGGCGGCUCGUGACAUGUACUAUGCCGCCAAGCUUCUCGAGGCCGAGGAGUUGAGCCGCAGCAGCCGCGGCAGCAUCUUUCACGAGUUCUUCAAGAUCCGUCGUAACCGCCGCGCAGCUCAGUCGUCUUUCUUCGUCAUGUUCAUGCAGCAGUUCUGCGGUGUCAAUGUCAUCGCGUACUACUCGACCAGGAUCUUCACUGACGCCAACUUCCCCAUCGAGCAGGCGCUGCUGGUGUCUCUGGGCACUGGUAUCGUGAACUGGGUCUUUGCUGUGCCGGCCAUCUACACUAUUGACACGUUCGGGCGCCGGAACCUCUUACUCACCACUUUUCCGCUCAUGGGUCUGAUGCUUCUCUUUACGGGCUUCUCUUUUCUGGUGGAGAACGACCAGGUCCGCCUGGCACUUGUUACCACGGGCAUCUAUCUCUUCAUGGUCAUCUACAGCCCCGGCGAGGGCCCCGUGCCAUUCACGUACUCGGCCGAGGCGUUCCCCUUGUACAUCCGCGACACGGGCAUGUCGUUUGCCACGGCGACAUGCUGGGGCUUCAACUUCAUCAUCUCCCUGACCUGGCCUCCGCUCGCCGAGGCUUUUAGCAACCCCGGCGGCUUCGGUUGGUACGCGUUCUGGAACUUCUUUGGAUUCGUCUACGCCUACUUCUUGCUCCCCGAGACCAAGGGUCUCACCCUCGAGGAGCUCGACGCAGUCUUCGACGUCGGCAACCGCGAGCAUGCGCGGUACUACCUGCAGAAACUGCCCUGGUACUUCAAGAAAUGGAUCCUGCGCGCCGACGUGGCCCCUUACCCAGCGCUGUACCAGCUUCAGCAGGACAUUCCUGAUCAGCCUGUCGGAGAGGAAAAAAAGGGCUCCGUGUCGGGCGGGGAGGAGAGGAGGGAGAAUACGAUGAUGCAGUGAACAUCUAGGUGUUCGUAAAUGCCGGAGUGGAGAGGUUGCCGCUGUUGAGAGUGGAAAGUGGGAAACUUGCA